CCACUACUAAAACGUUUAGACGCCCUAACGAUCCUCUCUCUCCACUUUCUCUCUCUGCCACAAUCUCAUUCUCAUCCCACCCGGUCGGCGAUCGCCUGCCGACGACGGAGAUGACACCACCCGCCACUCAUCGACGACCGACAACUUACAGUUGUCUCUAAGAAAUGAGAAUCGUGGAUUUUUCUUUUGAGUGACAGCAAAACAAAAAAUGAUCUGGUUACUAUUCGGACACUAAGAGAAUCACUCGCAACAAAGUUGACCUUUUGUCUAUGCAAUUAUUUAAAAAGUGUAUAUCUUCUCUACGCUCUGAAUUUUCAAAUGCUUCUCCAAAUGACAGCAAAGAUAAAGAAAGGCUCUCUUUCUCCAUAUAUGCUACUGACCUCUCUUAUCAACUCUACCACUUUCUUGGAUUCAUCAUGUACUAUUCACUACCAUUACCAUUCCCCAUAUCACUCUCUUGCAUCAGCAAUGCCUAACACCAUUCCUUCUUCUCCUGAAUUUCAUGCCCAACCAACCCAUUUUUCGUACUUCAACUACGUGUCUCUCCUCCAAUCUUGUAUCGCUCAAAGGGCAAUCAAGCCUGGAAGGCAGCUUCACGCCCAACUCUGCCUUACUGGACUUGGAUUAAAUACCAAUUUAGCCACCAAACUCGUCAAUUUGUACUCUCUCUGCGACUAUUUAUCAGAUGCACACCUUCUGUUUGAUAGAAUUCCCAAAGGCAAUAUCUUCCUUUGGAAUAUUUUGAUUCGUGGGUAUGCGUGGAAUGGGCCUUAUGAGGUUGCCAUCUCGCUCUACUACCGAAUGCUUGAUCAUGGCCUUGUUCCUGAUAAUUUUACGUUACCAUUUGUCCUUAAGGCGUGCUCGGCACUCUCUGCAAUUGAAGUGGGGAGGGACAUUCAUGAGCAUGUGAAGCGUACUGGGUGGGAAACGGAUGUCUUUGUGGGUGCUGCACUUAUUGAUAUGUAUUCAAAAUGUGGUUGUGUUGGUAGUUCCCGUCAAGUGUUUGAUAAGAUUCUGGGUAGAGAUGUUGUCGUAUGGAAUUCUAUGCUUGCUGCAUACUCCCAAAAUGGGCACCCCGAGGAAUGCUUGUCGCUAUGUGGUGAGCUGGCGUCAGCUGGUUUCAGACCCACUGAUGCUACUCUUGUCACUGCUAUCUCCGCUUCUGCUGACAUAGCUGCCAUUCCACAAGGCAGGGAGCUUCACGGGUUUGGUUGGAGACAUGGGUUUGGAUCCCAUGACAAAGUGAAAACUGCCCUGGUAGAUAUGUAUGCCAAGAGUGGUUAUGUAAAGGUUGCUCGGAAUUUGUUUGAAAAGCUUAGGGAGAAAAGAAUUGUUUCUUGGAAUGCUAUGAUCACUGGGUAUGCUAUGCAUGGUCAUGCUGCUGAAGCACUUGACUUGUUUGAGCAGAUGACUGUAGAAGCUCAGCCAGAUCAUAUAACUUUUGUGGGCGUUCUGUCAGCUUGCAACCAUGGAGGUUUGCUCAAAGAAGGGCAAAAUUUCUUUGAAUCAAUGAAGAGAGAUUACCAUAUAGAACCAAGUGUUCAGCAUUAUACAUGCAUGGUUGAUCUCCUUGGCCAUUGUGGUCGAUUAGACGAGGCUUACAAUCUCAUAAUGAAGAUGACAGUGAUGCCAGAUGCUGGUGUCUGGGGUGCUUUGCUUAAUUCAUGUAAAAUCCAUGCAAAUGUGGAAUUAGGGGAACAGGCACUAGAGAGGUUGAUUGAGCUUGAACCUGAUGAUUCUGGUAAUUACGUGAUUUUAUCGAACAUUUAUGCUCAAGCAGGGAAAUGGGAAGGAGUUGCAAAGAUGAGAAAACUAAUGACUGAUCGUGGACUGAAGAAAAGCAUUGCUUGCAGCUGGAUUGAAGUGAAAAACAAAGUCCAUGCAUUUCUUUCUGGAGAUACUUCUCAUCCUAUGUCUGAUGAGAUAUAUGGUGAGUUAGAAAGGUUGGGAGAGCUAAUGGCAGAGGCUGGCUAUGUUCCAGAUACUACACCUGUUUUCCAUGAUGUGGAGGAUGAUGAGAAGACCAAAAUGGUUUGCAGUCAUAGUGAAAGGCUAGCAAUUGCAUUUGGACUCAUAAGUACGCCUCCUGGAACCAAGCUUUUGGUGACCAAAAACCUCCGAAUUUGUGAGGACUGCCAUGUUGCGAUCAAGUUUAUCUCAAAAAUUACGCAGAGGGAAAUCACCAUAAGAGAUGUCAACCGAUAUCAUCAUUUCAAAGAUGGCAUGUGCUCUUGUGGUGAUUAUUGGUGAAGGGAACAAAAACGAAAGUAAACUUGGGGUUAAAAAUUAUUUGUCACCUGGAAGAGUUCAGAAUUUGGGAAAAAACCGGAAAGUUUUGAGAAGGAGCAGUUAUAAACAAAACUGAGUGGAGCAAAAGCAAUGAAUUCUAAUACAAAGGGAUACUGAUCCUUGUUAUUAUGCCAACAAGAUUUAGUUGAGAUACACAUCGCUUCAAUAGUUGCAAACCUUCCUCCACCACUAUUCCGUCAAUGGCUGAAAACCCCUUUUGAGAACUCUUCAAAAUUUGCAGUCUCUCCUCUCUCUCCUUGGAGAGAGACAAAGUCAUGUUGCUGUUGCGUGCAAAGGCAAUGGUGGGAUAAAUCUUAAUAUCGAUGAAGACCAAUAAGGAAUGCAUCAAUUGGUUGAUGUCCCCAAGAAAAUUUUUGUUGAUCAAGUUCAAUCAAAAGUGUUGGUCACAACAUUAGAAAGGCAUUACUAAAGGGCAUAAGAACCUAUAUAUAGUGGAUCUGAUGGUGAAUUUUCUGUAAUUUAGUUCAUGAUUAACUUAGCCCUCUUAAGUGUGUGGAGCAUAAAUGCAAUUUUAUGUAGAGUAGUAAUACUCACACCAAACACUUGCGGUGAAUUGUGUAACCUAAUAAUUUUUAAUUGGUUAUUUAUACCAAAUACAAUUAAGUGAAAGUGUGGAGCAUAAAUGCAAUUUUCUGUAGAGUAAUGAUACUCACACCAAACACUUGCAGUGAAUUGUGUAACUUAAUAAUUUUUAAUUGAUUAUUUAUACCAAAUACAACUAAGUGAAGGGUUUCACUUCCUUAUUUAUUGCAUAAUUGACCGAUUAAAAGAGUAGGUCUAGCAAUUCAUAUUCGGUGAA